GUCCUCAUUUCAUGUAAUUUUCAAUGACGUCUAUAACUAGACCGCGCGCAGACGCAAAACUAAUGAAAAACAGACUCUGACUUCCGGUGGUGGGUGAACGGUCAACAAAAUAAAUGACGUCUGAUAAUCACUUCGACGUUAAAUAAAGCUAUUUCACACACACUUCGAUUGACGUUAAGAAUGGUCAAGUUUUGCUGUGCCGUUGGAUGUUCUAAUCAACAUCGAACUGGAUCUGGAUUGACCUUUCAUCGAUUUCCAUUGGACCAAACAAUGUGUCUGAAAUGGUGUAAAGCAGUUAAUAGAUUAGAUCUGUCAACAAAUAAACUUUGGAAGCCAUCAAAAUUUAAUUUCUUGUGCUCCAGCCAUUUUAAGGCAGAUGACUUUUAUAUGUCAAAGCAUGGCACUAUGAGACUCAUAAAAAAGGGUGUAGUACCAUCUAUUUUUAGUUGGAAAACUCAAGUUAAAGUACCGAUUACCCACCGUACAUCAGAGACAUCUCUAAAAGCAGGUGUAAACCAGGUAGAGGCCAGCACAUCUCUUCUGUCAUCAACAGAUUCUAUAGCUACCAACCUCUGUACAUCAGUGAAACCACUAAAAUCAGGUAAAGUUGCGGCCAGCACAUCUCUUCUGUCAUCAACAGAUUCUAUAGCUACCGACCAUCGUACAUCAGCGAAACCACUAAAAUCAGGUAAAGUUGCGGCCAGCACAUCCAAUCAGUCAUCAACAGAUGUUAUAGCUACCAACCUCUGUACAUCAGCGAAACCACUAAAAUCAGGUAAAGUUGCGGCCAGCACAUCUCUUCUGUCAUCAACAGAUUCUAUAGCUACCGACCAUCGUACAUCAGCGAAACCACUAAAAUCAGGUAAAGUUGCGGCCAGCACAUCCAAUCAAUCAACAGAUGUUAUAGCUACCGACCAUACAUAUUUUUGUGAGCCAGCUACAUUAAAACAGAAAUAUGAUGAAAUAUUACAAGAGCUCCAGACUACUAAGAAAGAUCUUUAUAACUCAAAAAAAAGAGAAAAACGAGCACGUUAUACAAUUCAGUUAAUUCUAGAGGAUUUGAAAGAAUCCAAACAACUUAAUGAAAAGGCUUGUGAAAUGUUAAAUAGCUAUAAAAGUUAGUUUCGUGCAAAUAUGACUCAAUAAAAUCGUUAUUUGGAGAUUAUGUUUGCUGGUGUAGGUCGGUGUGAUGGCUGCUUGAACAAUAAUCCUUCCUCCGUUCAGUUUAGGGCAGCAUAUAGAUCACUGCGUAGCCAUGUUGGAGUUAAUAUCACAGUCUCUGAGAAUGGAAAUUGCAAACCUGAAGGUUACCAUAUGAUGAUAAAUUAUAAGGGUGGUGUAUAAGUUAUGAUAUGUCAGUAGAGGAUCACAGAUGUCUAGUAAAUAGAAUGACAGGUUACCAUAUGAUGAUAAAUUAUAAGGGUGUUGUAUAAGUUAUGAUAUGUCAGUAGAGGAUCACAGAUGUCUUGUAAAUAGAAUGACAGGUUAUCAUAUGAUGUUAAAUCAUAAGGGUAGUGUAGAGAAUCGCAGAUUUCUUGAGGGUUUAUAGUAUUCAAGAAGCUUAAAGAUAUUUCCGUUCAAGACUAAGAGAGAGAGAAAUAAGGUUUAACGUCCACUCGACACAAACUAGGUCAUUUCGGGACUAACAUAUGGUUCAUUUUUAUUUCAAUAAUUCGCUUGCGUGUAGGGGUCUUUAGCAGUGGGAGGAAACCGGAGGACCCGGAGAAAACCCACGAGGUUGGACAAGCGACACUACUCCUUGUUACGUACAACCAGGGAUUCAAAACCAUGCCAGGUGACUCAAUGACAGGCCUUAUGAUACAGCGCAAACGUGCUAACCAUUAGACCAUCCAACCCCCGGCUUUUCAAGACUAAACUACAUUUUAAGUCAAUCAGUCAACUCAUACUAUGUGUAAAUCGUUUGAAAAUAUGAAAUGCAUGGUGAUCACAUUUUCUGAAUGGUAAGCCUCUGUGGACCAUUCUGACUUAUGAUUAUUUUGCCUCAAAUGCUUUAAGUCAAGAAAAUUUAUCAGGAUUUUCCGUCGUGGUUUCCCCUUGUCAGUGGUGCAGGAAGGAGGGCCUGACAAGGACAGCUGUUUAGUCGUUCAGAUGGUAUGAAAAACCAAGGUCCUGUGUACACAUUGGUGUGCAUGUAAAACUAAAAGAUCCCUUGGCAGUUGGAAUUUAAUAUAAGAGUAGGUCGUAGUGCCGCUGUCCGGGCAAAUUUUCCCUCAUAGCACACUGUAUGGUGUAUGCCCGUCUUUAUUAGCCCAUUAGGAGCAGGACAGUAGGAGGUUAAACCUAUAUCAUUUGCUAUUGUCAUUAGUGAGAAUAUUAUAAUAUUGAAUAGAAAUGAAAGUAAGACAAUUGAAUUUAACGGGAAUUAUGUAAGAUGUGGAUAAAGAGCUGACAGUUCUCGCUAUAAUAGUUAAAAGUGGAUAAUGGAAAGGGAGUAUAUUGAAAAUUUAAUUCAAAUUACUUCACCCAUAGCUGAGUUAUCGUUGUUGAAAUUUAAACUUGACUGUCAUUGUUACUGUUGUUAACAUAAUAAACAAAGUCUUGAUUAUUCAUUUUAUCUUUUUAAAAUUAAACUAUUAACUGUCAAUUGUUAAAGGGACUAUCCCUUAUUUGAACAGUCUCAAAAAUAAAAGUCUGAGUAUGUAUGAAAUUUUAACGCCAAGAUAUAGAGGAAUGGUGUAUUGACGGUAUCUCAAAAUUUCAGCUCAAAAUAUUGAGUCGUUUGGACGUGACCGUCAAAACUGCUUAUCCGGACACGUAACCUUUUUAAGAUUUCGAGUCAUUUUUUUCGUUGGGAGACCUGAUAAUCGAUUUCCGUUCAUUGAGAGGUCUAUACAGUGAAUGACCCAAAUGCUGUACUUGAUAAUGAAAGGUAAAUUUCACCUACACAUUAUUUUUAUACAAAAAUGUCUGGUUUUAUCUAGACACCGCAUAAUACAUCUUGGGACAUCGGGGUCCAUUUCCAGAUGAAGACUGACCAGUUUCAGUUAUUUGAAAACAUAUCACAAACAUUGAGUUAGUUUCUCGGCCCUUAGGUAGAGGAUUUUAAGGGAUUUUAAAACAAAAUUAAACUGUUUUAUUCUCCAAAAAAUUAUCGGGAUUAGCCCUUUAAGACAUAAAGAAAGACCUUCAAUGGACAGAUAAUAUUUAAUUUAUUUGUUAUAUAAUUUAUUAGGCCUAUGUUAAAAUUAUCCAUCUAUACUAAAUUCUGUAUAACGGCUUGAAACCUGAUCCUGAUGUUCAAAUGUUAUUUGUAUUUAUAGAUCAUAUAAUUUGCAUACCGAAUAAAUAAAAUUAUUAUUAA